AUGAAAACUUCACUUUCUUUCUACACGAUAUGGAAAAAGAUCCCUAGAUUAGUUCCAAGAUACUCCAGAUAUCUCAGUUCUCCUAUAUCUGCACAGUAUGAAGCUGUAAGCCAGGGACAGAAUCAACUGCCAGAGUAUUUCAACUUUGCCAGUGAUGUGCUGGAUAAAUGGACUCAAAUAGAAAAGGAUGGAAAAAGAUCGUCCAACCCAGCCCUGUGGUGGAUCAAUGGAAGAGGAGGUGAGGUCAGAUGGAGCUUUGAAGAGAUGGGGCUCCACUCCAGGAAAGUAGCCAACAUCCUCACCGACCGAUGUGGACUACGCAAAGGCGACAGAAUCCUGGUCAUUCUCUCCCGGAACCCGGAAUGGUGGCUGGUGAUUAUGGCUUGCAUUAGGACAGGAAUUGUAGCCAUCCCCGCAACAUUGCAACUAACCGCUAAGGACCUCGAGUACCGACUCCAAGCUUCGGAAGCCAAAUGUCUUAUCACUACAGAGGCCUUUGCAUCUACUGUGGACUCCAUUGCCCCGCGGGUCACCUCUCUGAAAACCAAGCUGCUGGUAUCUUCCGAAGGCAAGCGAGAAGGAUGGCUGGACUUCGAUGAACUGCUCAGAGAGGCGCCCGCCGACCAUACUUGUGCAAAAACCAAGAUGCACGAUCCCAUGUUGGUUUAUUUCACCAGCGGAACCACAGGGGCUCCCAAGAUGGUUGAACACACUCAAGGGAGUCUGGGAUUCAGAACCCUCAUUAGCCAAAGGACCUGGUUGCACACAACCCCUUCAGACCUUGUAUGGAGCACAGCAGAUACGAGCUGGGUGGUGGCUGCCCUGGGUUCAUUUUUUGAUCCGUGGGUUUUGGGAUCCUGCAUCUUCAUCCAUAACUUACCAAUGUUAGAGAAAACGACCAUUCUAAGGACUCUCUCCCAAUUUCCAAUCACCGCUUUCCUGAGUCUUCCUACCUUCUUUCGCAUGUUCUUGAGGGAAGAUUUCACCAGUUACAAGUUCAAGAGUCUUCAAUACUGUAUAAGUGGAGGAGAACCGAUAAAUCUUGAGGUGAUGGAACAAUGGAAGAACAAAACAGGACUGGACAUUUAUGAACUAUAUGGACAGACAGAAGCCGGCUCAAUCUGUUCAGUUUCCAAAGAAAUGAAAAUUAAGCCGGGCACCAUGGGAAAAGCCCUUUUUCCUUACGAUGUCCAGAUUGUAGACCAAGAAGCCAAUAUUUUACCUCCUGGAAAAGAAGGUGAAAUAGCGAUCAGAAUAAAGCCUGAAAGACCCCUUGGUUUGUUCACUCAAUACAUUAAUGCACCUGAAAAAACAGCCGCCACAGCACGCGGGGACUUUUUCCUCACUGGAGACAGAGGAGUGAUGGAUGAAGAUGGGUAUUUUAGGUUUAUCGGACGAGCUGACGAUAUCAUCAAAUCAUCUGGGUAUCGUAUUGGACCAUUUGAAGUGGAAAGUGUGCUCUUGAAACAUCCCGCAGUAGCUGAAGUUGCAGCCGUUAACAGUCCAGAUCCAAUCAGAGGAGAGGUAGUAAAGGUGUUUGUGGUUUUGUCUACGGACUACGCGACACACAACAAGGAGAAAUUAACCGUGGAACUUCAGGAAUAUGUGAAAAAAAUGACUGCUCCGUACAAAUACCCAAGAAAGGUGGAAUUUGUCCAGCAGCUACCAAAAUCCCAAACGGGGAAGAUCCAACGGAAUGAAUUAAGAGAUCGAGAAUGGGGCCGAGUUUAA